AUUUUGAGGCAUAGGCGGCAUCGGUCGACAUGGCGUACUACGAGCCAAACCAGCAACAACAGCAGCGCGACCCGUACUCGCAGGUCGACCAAGAUGGGGACCUGGACGAGAUCUAUGCCGGCGCAAAACGCAUAAACCAGAACGCUCGGGCCAUCAACGGGGAAGUGGUGAGUCAGAACCAUCUUCUCGACCACCUUGGCGACGACAUCGAGGGAGGGACGUCGGCACUGCGAGCUCAGACGGCCAAGGCGGAGUUGGUCAACAAACGAAAGAAGAAGCUCUGCAAGUUGUACGUGGCCAUUGCCGCGUUGACCGUCAUCUUGGUCUUGGUUUCAGCUUUCGUCCCGAACUUUGGAUGAUAACAAAAGCAAUCGUAUAUAUUUACAUCGUCAAUACACUGUAAGUUUGUGUGCUGGAAUGGUUGUUCCCUGCCACGAAUUUGGCUACCCCUUCAGUCAACUGCCCCAUG